UCCGUACGGCACGUAGGAUGGGUCAAUCUGUGUGCACGUUGUCAUACGCUACAGCGCCUUCAGUCAACGCGAACGGAAACGCUGCCCGAGCGACGGGUGGAACAUUACAGCUUUGCGGAUUUGCCUGUUUGAAAAGCAGGAGCCACCGGUCGGACAACAAUCCGAUGAAAAAUAAACAUCUACCGAGGCUUAAAUCGUACCAGCGGCGUCACGCGUUUGGAGUCGAAGGGGAUGUACUUGAGACGCGCGGAGACAUAGACGGCCAGAGGAAGUCGUGCGACUCACAAACGGAUCGCACCGCCGCCUGCAAGACUGCUCGUGGUCACGCACGGGCUUCCGCGCGUUCUGUCGCGAACUUCAAAGGAGUUUCGACGGAGGAAACAACUGUAGCGAUCGAUGCGUGCUUCAGUAGCGCCGGUGCGCUUGAGCGGGCCGAUCUCACCGAUACACAAUGCGGAGACCGAGCAGCUACAGAGAAGCAGAAUCAUGAGUGGAGAAGCUCAACCCAGAGCAUGGAGGAACCAAGAGAAAGAGACCUUAAUAUAAGCGGGAUUGGUUUCGAUGGCACAGCAGCACUAAGGCUGUUCACACCGAUACACACUGGCCCAUUUACAGAGGAAAAUAAAACGGUUCCAGAGCUACAUAUUCACUCUUAUGUCGCCAACAGGCUCCUCGUUCCUUCACAUAUGACCAAAACUCCACCGACUGAAGAAGCGUCUUCACCGGGAGAAACGCCUCCGGACUUUACGCACAGAACCAAGGACCAAAACAACACCCCCAUCUGUCCUGAAGAGGAAUGCGUCCAUCGCCAUGGUUUAAUGGAGUACCACAGUUUCCCUGGGACAAUUCCGAGACUUAUUGUGACCCACGAUUCGAGCCCCGGCCAAGCCGAGGACGUGGAGGUCACUGAGUUUCCGCUGAGCUUCGGGGCUUUAUCUCUGGACCUUCAGUCCGGUCACGAGUCUCCGUGCUCGGACAGUGGCUGUGGAGGCUCCCCUGUUCCCCGCGUUUCCCUCCGAAAACUCUCCAGCUCAUCCUCAGCUGGACUCUCGUCCGCGUCCUCCUUUGAGGAGUCAGAGGAUGAUAUAACCGGGAGUGACGUCGAGCCCUCCGGCUUGUCCCCGAGAACGUUCGGCAGCCCAGAACAGCUGUCCCGGCCAAGAUCCUGGAGGAAGUUAAAAAGCAUGGUGCACAUCACACCCUUUGUGGUGUCCUAUAAGAAGCACUACCCGUGGGUGCAGUUAGCCGGCCAUGCAGGUAAUUUCCAGGCAGGAGAAUAUGGACGGCUGUUAAAGAAGUACUGUGCAUGUGAGCAACAGUGCCUGGAGAAGCUGAUGUCCGACUCGCUCAGGCCGUACGUUCCCGGCUACUACGGGGUCGUACGGAAAGACGAUCAGGACUACAACCUGAUGGACGACCUGCUGGCUGACUUCAACUCUCCGUCCAUUAUGGACUGUAAGAUGGGCAGCAGAACGUAUUUGGAGGAGGAACUGGUGAAAGCUCGCGAGCGGCCCAAGUUGAGAAAGGACAUGUAUGAGAAGAUGGUAGCGGUGGAUCCGGACGCUCCGAGCGCAGAAGAGAAGGCUCAGCAGGCCAUACUGAAACCACGCUACAUGCAGUGGAGAGAAACUCUCAGCUCCACAGCCACACUCGGCUUCCGCAUCGAAGGGAUCAAGAAAGCAGAUGGCACAUGCAACACCAACUUUAAAAGGACCAAGUACAGAGAGCAGGUUAUGAAAGCCUUGGAGGACUUUGUGAAUGGAAAAACGCAGAUCCUGAAGAGUUAUCUACUGAGGCUAGAGGAACUGAGAGGGGUUCUAGAGACAUCGGAGUUAUUCCAAACACACGAGGUGGUGGGCAGCUCUUUGCUCUUUGUCCACGACACUUCAGGCCUGGCGCGAGUCUGGAUGAUCGACUUCGGAAAGACGGUUCCUCUUCCUCCACACCAGAGACUGGACCAUCGCACUCCGUGGAACGAAGGCAACCGUGAAGACGGAUACCUGUGGGGAAUGGACAACCUAAUCGAGAUCCUCAGCUCCAUGAUUCCGGACAAAUCGUACGUCGAGCCAUGACGGGAGCGCUCACUGUUCAGUGGAUCACGGGCCGAAGACACUUUCUAGACCAGAUAACUGUUGCUACUGGCUUCGUGCUUGGACAAAGAAAAACAGAAAACAUUGAAAAGAAGGAGAAUAAACGUCGGAGUGCCUUAGCAGACUCAGGAGCAGACUGAGGAGCAGGAUGCGUGCAUCACGUAUGCAAAGUCUGUGCACGAUUGAACCAAAAAAACACAACAGAACUUUUUUUGUUUGUUUGUUUUUAAAGCUGGUUUGUACGUUUUAGGGCGAAGAGCUUGAGAUUUUGAGACUUUUCGGGGUUUUUUUACAUAAUGAAAAUACAGAUAACACUAACACUGGGAACGUAUCCACAUGUACAUCCUCAAUUAAUAUUUUUAUAGUAGUGUAAAUAGACUAAUUUAAUUUUAUCCUGAAGAACACUUUUUUUUUCUUCCCUGCGCUUCGUGAUUUUACUGCCUCUUCUUUAACAGCGAUUUCAGUGACGUCACCUUUUUCGUAUUUGCCCUUUAACACCGGUUUGAAUUUAAAAAUGAGCUAAAUACCGAGUCUUUAAUAUUUUGUAACGCAAGCAGAGGUUCACAGAUAACUGCAUACAGCAUAGCCUGAAAGAUUUAACUCUUUAAUGUGCAAGAAGCUUUUAGUUCGAUGGUUUUUAUCCAUGAGUAUUUGAGGUCUGGUUAAUGAAUAUAUUAAAUAGAAAAGAUUUCCUUGUCGAGGAUUUGAUUUAAAGGUUCCUGUAAAUCAUGGGGUUGAAGGAUUUUGAAGUGAGUUUUUAUAAAGGUGGUGAUCCGAAAGCCGUAGAAUUCAGUCAGGCUGCUGGUUUUCUGGGACUGAGAUGGAUGAAAGUGUCGAAAGGUGUGUUUUUUUUUGUUUUGUUUUUUUUUUAUUAGACCUUUUUCCCCUUUAAAGUAUUUCAAAAACUGGAUCUAAUACCAAAUAAAUCCAUUCGGAGCCGAGAACAAGCUCUUGUGUGUCCUGUUAAACAAUGUCGGAACACACAUUAAAUAAUUGGAGCCAAGAACACACAUUAGUCACUUCCUGAGUCACUGCAUGUUGUAUACUGUGUAAACACUGAUUGUAGUACUUUAUGUUCUCUGUCUGGCCUUUCUAUCUGCUGUAGAUCCCACAAGGAUCGGUACUUUGUCCUUUUUUUUUUUUUUUUUUAAACAGUCAUUUGAUGUGAACUGGAAUGUUCAGUUGAAUAAUUUCACAUUUUGACUGAUAUUUUGUUGUUGUGGUUUUUCUUUCUUCCUCCAAUAACAAGGUAAAGUCUGAAAUCCAAUCGGAAUUUCUGUGUCGAGCAGAUCACUUUACAGUGAUGGGUUUUACACAACGAUCCAGGAAAAACAUUGAAAAAGAACAUGUUGCUCAACAUGUGAGUUUUUACAUAAUCCCCAGUGCUCACAUAGUGCCAAAUCUCGACUCGUCUUUGUGUAUUUUGAAACAUGUCGACUGGAAAUGUGCUCUUUUGAUCUCCUUGGAAUAGAAAAUACAACUGGAACAUGCUGGUUUCAUGGCAUGAUUUCCCAUCACAUAAUUACAUGCUGGUUUGUGAUUAUUUUUUUGAUAAACGUCACUUUAAAGAA